AUGUAUAUAAUUAGGCUUUAUUUGUCCUUAGUUCCUCCAACUAUUGCUCCUGGACACACGAAUAUUACAGUUACUGUAAAUGUGCAGACCAUUUUGCCUUGUGAAACCACUGGAAUUCCAAGACCAGCAAUUAGCUGGAAAAAGAAUGGGCAUCUGCUUAGUGUUGACCAGAACCAGAAUACAUACAGACUUCUAUCUUCAGGUUCCUUAGUAAUCAUUUCUCCCACUGUGGAUGACACUGCUGUCUAUGAGUGCUCUGUGUCAAAUGAUGCAGGAGAAGAUCAAAAAGCAGUUGAGCUCACUGUUCAAGUGCCUCCGUCCAUAGCAGAUGAAGCCGCAGACCUUUUGGUGACAAAGCUGUCUCCAGCAGUGAUUUCCUGCACUGCAUCAGGGGUUCCUGUCCCCUCACUUCAGUGGACCAAAAACGGCAUAAAGUUGCUUCCCAGAGGAGAUGGUUACAGAAUUCUCUCUUCAGGUGCUAUUGAAAUACCUGCUGCUCAGCUAGCACAUGCAGGACGGUACACCUGUGUGGCCCGGAAUGCAGCUGGCUCUGCUCACAGAGAUGUUACUCUUCACAUUCAAGAGCCACCAGUUAUCCAAACUCAGCCAGGGGCACUGGAUGUCAUUGUGAACAAUCCCAUUCUGCUACCAUGUGAAGCAGCAGGUACACCUCAACCCAUAAUAACAUGGCAAAAGGAGGGCAUCAAUAUAAUCACAACAGGAAACAGUUAUAUGGUUCUUCCAAGUGGCAGUUUACAGAUUGCAAAAUCAACUAUUGAAGAUGCUGGCACUUACAUGUGUGUUGCUCAAAAUCCAGCUGGCACUGCUCUGGGGAAGAUCAAACUGAAAGUUCAAGUUCCUCCUGUUAUCAAGCCCCACCUCAAGGAAUAUAUUGUUCCUGUUGAUCAGUCUGUCACUCUGCAGUGUGAGGCUGAAGGCUACCCUGGGCCAGAGAUAAUUUGGCAUAAAGAUGGACAGCAAAUAACAGAGUCCAUUAGAAGAAGAAUUCUCAGUACUGGUGCUCUUCAGAUUGUGUUUGUACAGCCUGGUGACACCGGCCUUUACACAUGCAUAGCGGCAAACCUGGCAGGCUCCAGCACUUCUAGCAUGGACCUCACUGUACACAUUCCACCCAAGAUUCGCAGGACGGAUGCACAGUACACAGUCACAGAGGACUCCCAGGCUGUUCUAUCCUGUGUGGCUGAUGGGAUUCCAACACCAACAAUAAACUGGAAGAAGGACAAUACACUUUUAACAGAGCUAGUAGGAAAAUAUCGGGCUGUGCCAGAUGGAGACCUCAUUUUGGACAGUGUUGUUCCUGAAGAUUCUGGCAGUUACACCUGUAUUGCGAACAAUGCUGCUGGAGAAGACACACACACUGUCACUCUGAUAGUUCAUGUACUUCCCGCUUUUACUGAACUGCCUGCAGAUGUAGCUUUGACUAAAGGAGAACAGCUCAGAUUAACUUGCAAAGCAACUGGGAUACCUGUACCCAAAAUAACAUGGACCUUUAACAAUAACAUCAUUCCAGCACGAUAUGAUGAUGUAAAUGGACACAGUGAACUUGUUAUCGACAGAGUGUCUAAAGAUGACUCUGGUACCUAUGUCUGCACAGCAGAAAACACAGUUGGCUCAAUCAAAGCUAUUGGUUUUGUGUAUGUCAAAGAGCCUCCAGUCUUCAAAGGGAAUUACCAGUCUAGCCGAAUUGAGCCCUUGGGAGGCAAUGCUAUGUUGAAUUGUGAAGUCAGAGGAGAUCCACCUCCAACCAUCCAGUGGAGCAAAAAAGGACUUGGCAUUCAGAUUAGCAAUAGGAUCCGACAGCUUAACAAUGGUUCUCUCGCUAUCUACGGCACUGUAAAUGAAGAUGCUGGUGACUACAAGUGUGUGGCUACCAACGAUGCUGGUGUGGUGGAACGCAGUCUGACACUAACACUUCAGAGUCCUCCAGUCAUCACUGUUGAACCUGUAGAGACAGUUAUAGAAGCUGGUGCCACAGCAAUGUUGAACUGCCAGGCAAAUGGGGAGCCUUCUCCAACCGUCAAAUGGUCCCGCCAGGGCCAUCCAAUUGUGAGCGAUGAGAGAAUGACUGUCCUGUCCAAUGGCUCCUUGCGUAUUGUUGCAGCACAGAAGGAAGAUACGUCUGAAUAUGAGUGUGUAGCAAGGAAUCUAAUGGGAUCUGUUCUUGUUAGAGUACCACUGACUGUCCAGGUGCAUGGUGGAUUUUCCAAUUGGCUUGAAUGGCGAGCUUGCAGCGUAACUUGUGGUCAAGGUGUUCAGGAGAGAGUCCGUCAAUGCAACAACCCUCUUCCAGCAAAUGGUGGGAAGAGGUGUGAGGGGCCUGAUACAGAUGUGCGCAGCUGCCACCACAAGCCAUGUCCAGUGGAUGGCAACUGGUCAGAAUGGGGGCUAUGGGAAGAGUGUUCAAAGAGCUGUGGACAAGGUAACAGGACCAGAACCAGAACCUGCAGUAACCCAUCAACUCAGCAUGGCGGGAAGCCCUGUGAUGGCAGUGCUGUGGAUUCAGUCAUGUGUAAUAUUAGGCCUUGCCCAGUUGAUGGUGAGUGGAGUUCCUGGCUGCCAUGGAGUCCUUGCAGUGAGACUUGUGGGAAAGGUACUCAGACACGACUGAGGCUCUGCAAUAACCCUCCUCCUUCACACGAUGGAUCAUACUGUGAGGGAUCUGAUGCACAGAUGCAGGUUUGCAGCAAGAGGCGCUGCCCAGUGGAUGGGAAGUGGGCCACGUGGAGCAGUUGGAGUGCCUGCACCAUGUCCUGUGGAGGAGGCAGCAGGCAGAGAACGCGCCACUGCUCAGACCCAGCCCCACAGUUUGGGGGUCACAAAUGUGAAGGAAAUGACAUACAAAUUGAUUUUUGCAACAGCGAUCUUUGUCCAAUUCAUGGAAACUGGGGCCCAUGGAGUAGCUGGGGAACUUGUAGUCGAACAUGCAAUGGAGGCCAGAUGAGGCGAUACCGGACCUGUGACAAUCCUCGCCCUGCCAGUGGUGGAAGGGCAUGUGCAGGGGCUGACAUGCAGAUCCAGAGGUGCAGCACUGAACUGUGCCCCGUGGAUGGGAACUGGGGGCAGUGGCAAACAUGGAGUCAAUGCUCGGCUUCUUGUGGAGGAGGAGAGCAGACCCGAAUACGCCUGUGCAGCAAUCCAGCCCCAUUAAAUCGUGGACGUCCUUGUCCUGGAGAUUCCUCCCAGAUAUCCAGGUGUAAUACCCAAGCAUGUCCUGGUGGGCCAUCACAUGCAAAAGGCAGCAUCAUUGGCAAUAUUAAUGAUAUUGAAUUUGGAGUUGCUUUCCUGAAUGCCACAGUAACAGACAGCCCUGAUUCUGAAACUAGGGUAAUACAAGCAAAGAUCACAAAUGUCCCUCAGAGCCUUGGUCCAGCAAUGAGAAAGCUCAUAUCUAUACUCAGCCCUGUUUAUUGGACAACAGCGAAAGAAAUUGGAGAAGCAAUGAAUGGGUUUACGCUCACUGAUGCGGUCUUCAAGAGAGAAACUCAAGUGGAGUUUGCAACUGGUGAGAUUCUGCGGAUGACUCAUAUUGCCAGAGGUCUGGAUUCAGACGGAUCUUUGCUGCUGGAUGUUGUUGUGAGUGGCCGCGUGCUGCAGCUCCAGUCAGUAGCUGAUGUUAAUGUGAAGGAUUACACAGAAGACUAUAUUCAAACUGGCCCUGGGCAACUGUAUGCCCAUUCUACUCGACUCUUCACUGUAGAUGGAGUUAGUGUUCCCUAUACAUGGAACCACACUAUCACCUAUGAUUACACUAAAGGAAAGAUGCCCUUCUUGGUGGAAACACUCCAUGCUUCCUCUAUUACAACAGAGUACAAUCCACUGGAAGAAGCAGUGGCUUUUAAAAUCCACGCUUCCAUUGCAAAAGGAGAUCAUAGCAAUCAGUGCCCUGCUGGGUUUGGUUUCGACUCAACUGGGCCUUACUGUUCAGAUGAAGAUGAAUGUGCUCUGAGAAAUCCUUGUUCCCAUACCUGUCAUAACACCAUGGGUUCUUACUACUGCUCCUGUCCAAAAGGCCUCACUAUUUCUGCAGAUGGUAGAACGUGUCAGGAUAUUGAUGAGUGUGCGUUAGGUGGACAUACCUGCCAUGCUGGCCAGGACUGUGAAAACAUCAUUGGCUCAUACCGCUGCGUGGUUAGAUGUGGGAAUGGCUUUAGGAGGACAGCUGAUGGAUUUAGUUGCCAAGAUGUUAAUGAGUGCCAAGAGUCCAACUCCUGUCACCAGCGUUGCUUCAAUACUAUAGGAAGUUUCCACUGUGGUUGUGAUCCAGGAUACCAGCUAAAGGGCAGAAAAUGCAUGGAUGUAAAUGAGUGCAGGCAGAAUGUAUGCAGGCCUGAUCAGCUUUGCAAAAACACCCGUGGUGGCUAUAAGUGCAUUGAUCUGUGUCCCAGUGGAAUGACCAAGGCAGAAAAUGGAACUUGUAUUGACGUUGAUGAAUGCCGGGAUGGAACCCACCAGUGCCGCUAUAACCAGAUUUGUGAGAACACACGAGGAAGUUACCGUUGUGUGUGUCCAAGAGGAUAUCGGUCCCAGGGAGUUGGAAGACCUUGUGUGGACAUUAAUGAAUGUGAACAAGUGCCUAAGCCCUGUGCAUUUCAAUGCACCAACACCCCCGGCAGCUUCAAGUGUAUCUGUCCACCUGGACAACAUUUAUUAGGUGAUGGGAAAUCUUGCGCUGGAUUGGAGAGAUUGCCAAAUUAUGGUGCCUAUUACAAUAGCUAUAACUAUGCUCAAUUCUCCCCUGUGAGAGACAACUAUCAACCUCAACAAUAUUACAGGCAUUCCUCAAAUCUCUACAGCUCCUUCUCAGAGUAUAGAAACAGCAGAAUACCUUUCUCCAGGACUAGAAGGAACAUUAGAGAAACUUGUCCUGAAGGCUAUGAGGCAAGAAAUGACAGAUGUGUAGACAUCGAUGAAUGUGAAACCAGACAUACCUGUCAGCAUGAAUGCAGAAACACCCUGGGAAGUUACCAGUGUACUUGUCCAUCUGGUUAUCGCCUUAUGCCCAAUGGCAAAACCUGCCAAGAUAUUGAUGAGUGCCUUGAACAGAACAUUAACUGUGGAUCAAAUCAGAUGUGUUUCAACAUGAGAGGAAGCUACCAGUGCAUAGACACACCUUGUCCACCAAACUAUCAGCGAGAGCCUCUUUCUGGGUUCUGUCUCAAAAACUGCCCAGCCAAUGACUUGGAGUGUGAUCCGAGUACCUACGCCUUGGAAUACAAACUCCUUUCCCUCCCCUUUGGCAUAGCUGCUGGCCAGGAUUUAAUCCGGCUGGUUGCCUAUACUCAUGAUGAAGUCAUGCACCCAAGGACAACUUUCUUAAUGGCAGAUGAGGACCCAGCAAUCCCAUUUGCCCUGAGAGAUGAGAACUUGAAAGGAAUAGUGUUCACCACCCGACCGCUGCGAGAGCCAAAGACCUACCGCAUGGGAGUCAGAGCCUUAUCCUACAGUGUCGAUGGAAAUAUUGAGUAUCGGACAACUUUCAUUGUUUAUAUAGCUGUGUCAGCCUACCCCUAUUAA